AUGUUUGGUGGGCUGCACAUUGAGAUGACAGCACUGAAGUCUAUUGGAUCGAUGCGAGCAGACUGUGGAAGGACAAAUGCAUUUGCUGAAGUUGAUGUAGCCUCUUCCGGUACUGCAGAUUCAUUCCUGUCGGCAACCAAUGUCACUAAAACACGUCAAGCACAUCAGGUCACAGAAUGCAGUUUGUUUCAGCUCCUGAAGAAAGUCUACAGUUCGUACCUUGCCGAACAUUCUGAUGGCGAUGAGGAAGCCUCUAGCUUUGUGGAAUGGUGGGAUAGUCGAAAGAAGGAGAGUGCACAGUUCGCAUUUUGGUUCUCUAUCCUAAACAUGGAAUUGACAAUCUUAACACUGGUGCGAGCAUUUAGAGAAGGGAAUUUCAAUCUGUAUCGAGAAUCACUGUCGGAACUGAUACCCUACCUCUUUGCCAACAACAAUGCCAACUAUGCAAGAUGGCUUCCUAUUCAUCUGCGUGAUAUGAUAUCAUUAGAGAAGCAGUACUCCGAGGUCGCCAGAGAAUUCCACAAUGGGAAUUUCGUGGUUCAUAAAACUGACAGGAAGUUCUCCGCAAUGGCAAUCGACCAAGCCCAUGAACAAAACAAUGCCGUCAUCAAAGGGGAUGGUGGAGCUGUUGGUCUGACAGAGGAUCCAUCAGCUCUUCGGAGGUGGAUGGUGGCUGGUCCAGAAAUUAGCAAAUUCGUUGCUGACUAUGAAGCCGUAUCAGGAAGCAAAGAGGCGAAGAAAGGAAGUCAUCACCAUGAGCAGUCGCCAACUGCUCAGACGGCAUUCUUUGAAAAGGUUCAGCGGCUUACAAGUGUGAUAGAAGAAAUGGGCAAUCCAUUUUCGGAGGAGUCCACUGAUCUACUGUCGCUUGACACAAAGGACAUUGCUGAUCCUAUAGCAACGCUGCUCGUUGCAUCUCAUCUGGAGGAAGGGAAAGAGCAAUUCCAAACCUUCCAUAAACAUAAAGUCAGUCAGCAUUUCUAUCAGCCAAUUAAACGGAAUAAUAAAGACUUCUUCAAAACAAGCACAGAUCCAACAGAAAAAUCAGAGACACAGCUACUAAAGGAGGAUUGUCAACUGUUCUCCCGCCUUUUCAUCUCCUGCCAAAGCAGAGGGUGUGAUUUACCAGAGUUUUUCAAACAUGAGAACCAAUCUUUCCCUCCGCCACUCAGCAAGCGAGGCAAACUACAUGUUGCUACCAAGUCUGAUCUCGUGGACGUCCUGCAAACCAAGGUGGAGCUUCCAGACACGAAGCCAGAAACUGACGUACUGAUAGUAGAUGGUGCAUUUCUAGUCAAUACAGUAACGCCGAGGACACCGAAGACGUUUGAAGAAUAUGCCAGACAGGAUAUUCUUCCUAAGGUGCAAUACUACAGUAACAAUUACAAGAGGACAUAUAUCAUUUUUGAUGUCUAUCACGAGUCUAGUCUGAAGUUUGAAGCACGAUCAAAACGCGGGAAAGCUAUCAGGAGGAGAGUAACGGCAAAGAGCAAAACACCGACUAAUUAG